CCGUGACGCCGGUUGCCAUAGCGGCCGCGCCGCUGGCCAUGGCGGCCGGGGAGGAGGACGACGUGGAGUGGGUGGUGGACACCAUCGCCGGCUUCCUGCGGGGGCCCGCCUGGUCCAUCCCCAUCCUGGAGUUCAUGGAGCACAACUGCGAGGUUUUUGAUGAUGAAGAAGAAAGCAAGUUGUCAUACACAGAAAUUUAUCAGGAGUACCAAGCUCUGGUGGAGAGGUUACUAGAGGACUACCUUAAAGAAGUUGGAAUUAAUGAGGAGAAAUUUCAAGAAGCUUUUUCUUCUCCUCUUGCAAAGACCCACACCUCCCAGGCCAUUCUGCAAACAGUGUUGGCAGCAGAAGAUUUUAGGCUAUUUAAAAAAAUGAUGGUACAGAAAAAUAUUGAAAUGCAACUGCAAGCAAUUCGAAUCAUCAAAGAAAGAAAUGGUGUAUUGCCUGAGUGUUUGACAGAGGGUUCUGAUGUAUUCAGUGAAAUUGAACAGGAGGAAAUGAAAAUACUCAGGGAGGUUCUAAGAAAAUCUAAGGAAGAGUAUGAAAUAGAGCAAGAGAGAAAGAGGACUGAAGAAGCACGUGCUAAACUCAAAGCUCCAGAUGUUACCCACAGUUGUCCAGGAGAUUCGAGAGAAGCUGUAAAAGUUAAGGAAUCCACUGAGGGAGCUGAGCAUUCUGAGGAAAGUCCAAAAUGCCCAUUAGAGGGAUCUCAUAAAUCUACAAAAGAAGACCCCACACCAGUUUGCCCAGUACAAAAAGGAACUGAAAACUUACCCCAGCCCUCUUGUACCAAGGGGAAAGAAGACACUAAGAAAAGGUCUGCUGGGAAAGGUUCAGAGAACACAGUGCAAAAAGCUGGGGUGAAAGGACCUGAUUUAUCAGAAACUGAAAAGCAGCAGCUGAAGCAACGUGAGGAUUACCUAAAGAAAAAACGAGACCUGCUGCUGGCUACGAAGAAAGAGUCAAAAAGUAAUGCACCACCACCCAGCAGUGAUCAGAAAGAGGAGGAACCCCCUCCCAAAGAGGAGAUGUCAGAAGAGAAGCAAAGGCUGCUCCAGAAGAGGAAGAUGCUUGCAGAGAAGCUAAAAGAAGAAGUCAUUAAUAAGCGGUAGUUUUAAGAGGCUCAUUGCUGACCCCAAGAACACAAGGAUGUUUUAGAAUACGUUAUCAGUAAGUGAAGGGAUUUCCAAUCUUGCACUGGGAUUUAUAGAACUUUCAGACAAGCAGCUCAGUACCUGGUAACUCCCUAUUGCACAUGCCACUGAAACACACCAUGAACACUCCUUUUCCAGAGUGCUGGAAACUCCCUGACUGUCCAAGGCCAUGCCAUCACUGCAGAGCACAGCCCUGCUCCAGCCCUGAGAGCAGAGGCACCUGGAAAGCUGGGAAGGGAAUUCCUGUGGAAACAGCUCCCAGCUCAACAUUGGAACUUUUUCAUGCCAGCAGUGCAGAAGGUGACUCCUUUCACUAGCCCAUUGUAAACCAAUGGCUCUUUCUCAGCUGUGCAGUGUAAUAAAGUCUGGUUUCACAAGGAAGUGCACCCUCAACCACCUUGUUUGUGAGAAAGCCAAUGGACCUUUGGAGUCAAGACAUUCACAAAGUAACUCCAGGUUACAGUGCUUUACAGGUUUUUGGGGCAGUUUCCCAGGCCCCAGGUGCCAGUUUGCAAUAAAUGCAACUUGAAAUAAAAGGAGUUGCUUUAGUGCAAAGCUGAGACCGUUCCAGCAAUUCACUGCCAGAGUAACAAAAAUCUUUUAAAGUCCCUUACUGGUUUGGCUGUCAGAGACUCAAAAAGAAACCAGGAGAGGUCACCCUUGGCCAUGACAGGCCACAGCUACUCCCAACGUAAGAGACAAACCCACCCCUUCUAGUUUCACGGAAUUUUUAUUAAAAUAGCAUUUAGAACUGGUACACGUUGGCAGAUGUUCUGUUCUUUCCCCAAAAGUGGCAGUGGAAGGGAGAAUAAACUCCAGGCAGGAGAAUAAACCUGGCUGCCCACAAGGGCAGACUGGGAACCAGCACGGAGGGGUGAGAGCCCCAAGGAAAAGCUAGAGAGUGCUGGGUCUCACCUUCUCCUGGGAGUGCAGGCUGGUGUUUAACAGGAUAUCUACUGCCACUUCACCCAGUCCUUUCCUAGGAACUGUAAAAACUCAUGACAUUGUUGGUUUUGCUGUGAAGCCAGCUCCUGGUAGUGUCUGAGUGUGUUGUUGAAGCUCCUGCCGUGGUGCAGCAGCGUUGGCCCAGUGAGGAGCAGAGCAAGGACCGAUGCUCCUGGGAGUCCUGGGGAGAACUCGGCUUGGGAGGCUCUUGGAGAGAAUCAGGAACAGGGGUCCACGCUCCAGGUGAUGCCACUUCUGCUCCUCAGGUGAGUGAAGGCACAUCCCAGGUACCUGCUGCUUUCAGGGCCUGGGAAUCUUCUUUGCUGAUGGAGACAAAAGACCCAGUGGGAGGCAAAGCAGCUUGAGAGUGAGCACACGAGGAUGGUGCUGCAGCUUCUCUUUAGCAGCAAACACUUCCUUGGCUCUGGAGCUGAUGGGUGUUCCCUCAGAGUCCUGUGCGGGGUGGCCUGGAGCUCUCUGGGGACACCACCACUGUCCCCAGGUCCAUCAGAGCACCUGUGUCUUGCUCACCUAUUCCCUCUGGGAUUCCAUCCGCUGGUAUGGAGUAAUUUCUGAAACCUGCAUGGAUAACUAACCUUAAACAAUAUCCUACAACAGCCACAUUGAAAAGUCUGAGUUCACUUACCAUGUGUAACAAACCAAACAAAAGCAAUAAUUAUGGAAUUACAGGGUCACAUUUUAAUUCCUGAAUUUUACAGUUCAGCAUUAAUAUCACCACAUGUAUACAAAUGGUGUAAAACAAGUACAGUGGUAUCUUUAAUACAAAAUAAACUUCUGUUUUAUGGAAAAAACUAUACUUCAUAUCUACACAGACAGCCCAUCUUUUCCAAACAAGAGCUAAAAUUAAAACUAACUACAAAAAUCUCCAAAACAGAGAAACUGCUUCAGUUUAAACUAUUCCAGGAGAAAUGGACCCAUAACACGUAUUACAAGAGUGAUCUAUGUGGUGGAUUGCAGCUGGUUCCAUCUUUAACAUCUCUGACACAGUCGCUGGGAAAUCUCCUCUCACUUCGUCAUGAUCUCAGAUCACACAUGGGCAAACUAACAUUAAAAUAUUUACAGUUCAUGUGCUGCUCUUGAAAAAUAAAACCUGGACUGUUUGCCUCUGUCACCUUGCCAUGAACUCCCCUAUUCCAGUCACAGUUCACUCACCUAUGUGGAAUGUGCUUUGUGUUUUAAAAAAGCAGCUUUUGUGCCACCCCAGGUUCAGGUACUGCUUGUGGAUUCCGCCUCCAAGCCCUCAAGGUGUUCUCCUGGCAAUAAUCCCAUCUUGGUCCAAACUGACUUGGGUGGUAAAAUGCUGCUCAGUCCACCACUAUGAAAAACCUGUGAGUGUUUCUUAUUCCCACCUCAGCCAUGCAGCUCCCAAACAGGGAAACGGCUGCUCCAAGAGGAGGCAGCCCUUGGAACACCGUGGAGCACGUUGGAAUUCAGGCUCUUCCCAACCUGAAGCCAAGAGCUGAGGGAUGUGCCGGGUGCAGCCCCACCAUGACACAAGCAGCUCCUGCAGACCCUUGGGAAGCCACUGCUCCUUGGCAUAGAUAUUUCUGGACGUCUCACUGACAAAACAAGCAAAACCUUCCAUUUUGAAUCCAGCUUCCAUUCUCUCCUCUUGGAAAAUACAAAUUAAAACUUAU